GUGGGCGUGUCUGAGCAGUACCAGCCCCACAGAGCAGCCUAGGUGGAGGGAGUAAGAGAUCAGAGCCCCAUGGCUGACUCCACUGUGCCGGUUUCACUGCCCUGUGGCUUUAUCAAUGCUGCUCACCGGUACCUGAGCGCUGAGGCCUUCCGCUUCCAGGUGGUGGCCACGGGCUUGGUGCUGCGGCCCCGCCAGGUCUGGGUGCUGCGCUUCGUGUCCCCGCAGGGGGCCGGGGCAGCCGGGCAGGACGAGGAGAGGGGGCAGAGGGUGCAUCUGAUCAGCUCACUGCAGCGCUUCCUGGCGGCUGAUCCCAACGGCAAAGUCACCUGCGAACAGGAGGGCCCGGGCUCAGGUGCCCUCUUCCUGCUGCGGUACUACCCGGAUGGCAAGGUGUCGCUGCAGUGUGAGCUCACCCAGCGCUACCUGGGCGGGACCGAGGACAACGUCACCUGCUUCGCCCAGGCGGUGAGCGAGGGCGAGAAGUGGAGCCUGCAGCUGGCUCAGCACCCCAACGGCCUGCCCUGGGGGAUCGAAGCCAUCAUCAAUCUCCGCUUCAACCCCAAAGAGAACAAGUAUGGGCUGUGGACCGCGGACGGGAACCUGCUGGCCGCCGACGGCUCGCUGCAGCCCGAGGGGUCCCCUCAUACCCUCUUCCGCCUGGAGGUGCGGGGUGGCCUGCUGGCCUUGCGCGACGCCGACGGCAAGUACCUGACCGGGCGCGAGGCCGUCGUCAAGACCUUCAAGACGGACAAGCCCGGGCGCGACGAGCUUUUUGUGCUGGAGCCCAGCCUGGCGCAGGUGGCGCUGCGCACCUUCCACACCGGCGUCUAUGUCGGCUGCAAGCCAGGGGCCGACGUCAGUGCCGGCGCCACGGCUGUCGGCGACACGGAGGUUUUCCAGCUGCUGAUAAAUGAGGCCACCAAGGAGACCUGUUUUCGCAGCUGCUCCGGCAACUACAUCGGUGUGGACUCCAGCGACAUUCUGGUGAGCACCAGUGCCCAGGACAAGAGCGUCUGGUUCUCACUCCAGUACCAGGCGCAGAGGGCGACGCUGCGCUCAGCUGAGAACAGAUAUGUGACCAUCAGGCCCAACCAGCGUAUGAUGGUGUAUCCUGAUCUGCCAGGCAAGGUAACGGAAUUCCUGCUCAUGCUGGUGAACCGGCCGUUGGUGAUCCUGCAGAGUGAGUUCGGCUUCGUGGGGCUGUGCCCUGGGACACAGCGUCUGGAUGGAAACCGCCCGGACUAUGAUGCCAGCGUCAUGAUGAUCACUGAGGAUGGCCACUACCGCUUCAGAAUUGAGAACAAGAACUGGACCAUGGACAAGGAUGGGCUGAUCAUGUUGACAGGCGAGCGCGGCAGUGACUUCAUCAUCCAGUUUGCCUCUUCCAGCUGCCUUGUGAUGAAGGCUCCCAACAACAAGUAUCUGGUGGCAGAGGCGGGGGGCCGCCUGUGGGCAGGGGCUGUAGAUGUAGCGUCUGCCACUCCCUUCCGCUACUGAGGGACUGUAACCCCUGAAAUAAACUCCUGUGCUGACUC